AUGCCACUCCAAUUCUGGAGGUCGCCCGGACAGGGCUCCAAAGACACCGAUCCACUGCUAGAGGCAGCAUUUCCUCCGGAAAUCGAGGACGAUUACCUGAAGACCGACGAAGAGGAAAGCGAUGAUGAUAGCGACGAAGACGAAGAUGUCAAAGAGGCUCGUGCUGAGCGGUUGCGCCAGACUGGAGGCUGGCUUGGCUACCUGAAAGACUUUACCAUCUUCCUGCCUUAUGUCAUACCCAAACGAGACAUCAAAGUACAGAUAUGCCUACUCAUCUGCCUCGUCACGAUCGCGAUAGAGCGCGUCCUACAAGUGGCCAUUCCAUAUGUUCUUGGGGUAAUUGUGGACAAAGUCACACACGGAUCGAUACCUAUUCGGGAACUCCUCAUCUUCCUUGCCCUCGAUCACCUUAACAGCGAGUCGGGGUUGAUCUUCGUCCAAGAGCUGUCCAAGAUACCCAUCAAGCAGUUCUCGUACAAGCAAUUGACUAACGCUGCUUUCAGCCACGUCAUGUCCCAGUCAAUCGAUUUUCACUCUACGCAAGACUCAGCCGAGGUCAUGAAGGCCGUUGAGCAAGGCGAAGCGUUGGGCAACGUCCUCGAGAUGGUGGUCAUUGAAAUCGUACCAACCUUGAUCGAUGUCAUCGUGGCUUGCACUAUCUUCUACAGGAAGUUCACUCCGGUCGUGGGAAUGGUCUUGCUUGGUGCAUCAAUCUUAUUCAUGGCUGCCGAAGCUUUCUCAACGCGACUCACAACCGGCCACCGGAGAAAUGUGACAAAGGCCGAACGUAUCCAGAUACGAAAGAUGCAUCAAGCAAUUCAAGGUUGGCAAACUGUGACCUACUUCAACCAAUUCAAGAGGGAGGCCAGUGUACUCUCCGGUGCUGUGAGUGAUCACAUGAAGGCAAGGACACGUUUCGAAGUACGGCAAGCGCUCAUAAAGGCUCUCGUUGAGCUGCUGGUACCGACUACCUUCUUCGCCCUGGCUUACCUCAUCCUCCAGCGCAUCGCUGCAGGCAAAGCAUCACCAGGAGACUUCGUCUUCUUCCUCACGUACUGGGAUUCGAUCAUCUAUCCGCUAAAGUUCUUGACAGAAAAUGUCCGGUGGUUGGUGCGUGACUUUGUGGACGCCGAACGAGUUCUUCACCUUCUGCAAACCCAGCCAUCAGUCAUGGACGCGCCCGAAGCCUACCCACUCGCAGUGCGCGAUGGCGAAGUCCGAUUCGAUGACGUGUCCUUCAAGUACGACUCCAGCCGUUACGCACUCCGCGACGUCUCCUUCACCGUCUCGCCUGGCCAGACCGUCGCUCUCGUAGGCCAAACUGGCGCCGGCAAAUCGUCGAUUCUGAAACUACUCCUGCGCCUGCACGACGUCACAUCCGGCAGCAUCACCAUCUCCAAACAAGACAUCCGGCACGUCACACUGAGUUCACUUCGCGACGCCGUAAGCGUAGUUCCCCAGGCACCCACGUUCUUCAACACCUCAAUCAUGGAGAAUGUGCGAUACGCCUGCGGCACCGCAACUGACGAAGAAGUCCACGAAGGUUACAAUACGCACGUCGGCGAGCGCGGCGUUAAGCUGUCGGGUGGCGAGGCGCAGAGACUUGCGAUCGCGAGGGCGCUCCUUAAGGACGCACCAAUCGUUCUGCUAGAUGAAGCGACCAGUGCGGUAGAUACGGUGACAGAAGGGAAUAUCAAGAGGGCAUUCGAGAAGCUAAAAGAAGGGAGGAUUGUGAUUGUUAUCGCGCAUCGGCUGAGUACAAUUGUAGAUGCGAAUUCGAUCUUAGUGUUGCAUGAGGGAACUAUCGUGGAGAGAGGAACGCACGAAGAGUUGUGCGAGAAAAAAGGGCGGUAUUACGAGCUGUGGAAACAGUCUUAA